AAAGGGGGCGCUAGAGCAGCCAACGUAGAGAAGAUGAGUUGGUUAUUACAUAUAUGAAUUAUCGUUAGAAUCUUUUUUUUUUUUUACAUAACAUAGAUCUAGAUUUAAACCAACAAACGGUGCCGGGUUUGUUUUCGGCUUUGCUUUCUAUUUUACUUCGUGUGGUCUUUGUAUCACCUCGGCAUCAUUCUGUUCAAUCUAAUAUUUUAAUAUUUUUAGAAUACUUUGAUUGAUACCAGUGCGACCCCACCUCGUCCAUUUACAUUCUGCAGGCAUAGUAAACAAGGACUGGGAUAACGGAAUUUUUAAGCCAAUCAAAAAUCCGGACAGUAGAUGUGUUAACCAAUCCAAAUAGAUCUAACUGCAUCCCCGCUGAACGCUCGACUUCACUGGGUGGACUGCACAUUUCUGUUGGAUAGAUUUGAAUCUGCAAUUCAUAGUGUUUUUGAGUCAACGAUCAAGAUAAAGAUGCAGUUCAUGCUGCUGUUCAGUCGGCAGGGUAAGCUGCGGCUGCAGAAGUGGUAUGUUCCCCUGUCAGACAAAGAGAGGAAGAAGAUCUCCAGGGACCUGGUCCAGACCAUUCUAGCCCGUAAGCCCAAGAUGUGUUCCUUCCUGGAGUGGAGGGACCUCAAGAUCGUCUACAAGAGAUACGCCAGUCUGUAUUUCUGCUGUGCGGUGGAAGAUCAAGACAAUGAGCUCAUCACACUGGAGAUCAUCCACAGAUACGUAGAGCUGCUGGAUAAGUACUUUGGCAGUGUGUGUGAGCUGGACAUCAUCUUUAACUUUGAGAAGGCCUACUUCAUCCUGGAUGAGUUCCUGCUAGGAGGAGAGGCUCAGGAGACCUCCAAGAAGAACGUACUGAAGGCUAUAGAGCAGGCCGACCUGCUGCAGGAGGAAGCUGAAGCCCCACGGAGUGUCCUGGAGGAGAUUGGCCUGACAUAAACUCCCUCCAUCACUGCCCCAACUAUCUCCCUCUCUUUACUCUCUCUCUCUUCACGGGGCCCAAACAUCUUGUUCUCUCCUUUCAAUGUGCUGUUGUGUUGUCUUGUACUAAAACUCUUAUCAUGUUGUUAAUGUUACUUGUGCCAACUGUCAACUGUUCCUUUUUUUAUUUUUGUGCCUCGUCAAACACCUUUUGAAACCCCUGGGGUAUAUAUGCAGCCAGUGGCCACAAACUACACCAAUAAUAACUGAAAUCUCACCCACCUUCCUUAAGUCCGUGUUUCUGUUGUACAUGACAUGUCCGUGACGGGCACUUUAACUCCAGUCUCGUCUAGAGAAUUUAAAACAAUUCAAAGUAUAUCAUAAACAGUAUGAAACCCCAUGUUUACUUAAAUGGGAUGUUCACAAGUAAAAGAAAGCAAAACGAUGUCAGUAUUUUUAAAGAAGUGUUACAGUUUAAAGUAUUCAUGUUCAUUCUUUCAUUGUUUUGACCAAAGAACACUGUGUUAUAAUCAUAUCUUUUUGAAGAUAAAUGGUGUUUAGGGGGAAAAUAUGUGCUCUCUCAGGGUUGGGGUCAAUUCUAUUUAAAUUCCUAUCAAUUCAGAAAGUAAACCAAUUUACACUUUUUACUCAUUGAAAAUCACAGAAGGAAAUGUGCAUUGGAAUAUCAGUGUAUUCCUGAAUUUAAAUGGAAUUGACCCAAGCCUUGCUCUGUAUAGCCUGAGUCCCAGAUCUUUGUGCUGUCUUGCUACCUCCUGUGUCGUUCAAUAUGUUCAGUUGGGAAGACAGCACAAACACACCUGUGACUCCUCCCACUCUGCAUGCUUUAAAAGGCAAGGGAAGAGUAACACUGGGGACUCCGCCCACUCUGCAUGCUUUAAAAGGCAAGGGAAGAGUAACUCCUCCCACUCUGCAUGCUUUAAAAGGCAAGGGAAGAGUAACUCCUCCCACUCUGCAUGCUUUAAAAGGCAAGGGAAGAGUAACACCGCCCACUCUGCAUGCUUUAAAAGGCAAGGGAAGAGUAACUCCGCCCACUCUGCAUGCUUUAAAAGGCAAGGGAAGAGUAACACCGCCCACUCUGCAUGCUUUAAAAGGCAAGGGAAGAGUAACUCCGCCCACUCUGCAUGCUUUAAAAGGCAAGGGAAGAGUAACUCCUCCCACUCUGCAUGCUUUAUAAGGCAAGGGAAGAGUAACACCGCCCACUCUGCAUGCUUUAAAAGGCAAGGGAAGAGUAACUCCGCCCACUCUGCAUGCUUUAAAAGGCAAGGGAAGAGUAACUCCGCCCACUCUGCAUGCUUUAAAAGGCAAGGGAAGAGUAACUCCGCCCACUCUGCAUGCUUUAAAAGGUAAGGGAAGAGUAACUCCUCCCACUCUGCAUGCUUUAAAAGGCAAGGGAAGAGUAACUCCUCCCACUCUGCAUGCUUUAAAAGGCAAGGGAAGAGUAACUCCUCCCACUCUGCAUGCUUUAUAAGGCAAGGGAAGAGUAACUCCGCCCACUCUGCAUGCUUUAUAAGGCAAGGGAAGAGUAACUCCGCCCACUCUGCAUGCUUUAAAAGGCAAGGGAAGAGUAACUCCUCCCACUCUGCAUGCUUUAAAAGGCAAGGGAAGAGUAGCGUAACUCCGCCCACUCUGCAUGCUUUAAAAGGCAAGGGAAGAGUAACUCCGCCCACUCUGCAUGCUUUAAAAGGCAAGGGAAGAGUAACUCCGCAUGCUUUAAAAGGCAAGGGAAGGGUAACACUGGGGACUCCUCCCACUCUGCAUGCUUUAAAAGGCAAGGGAAGAGUAACACUGGGGACUCCGCCCACUCUGCAUGCUUUAAAAGGCAAGGGAAGAGUAACUCCGCCCACUCUGCAUGCUUUAAAAGGCAAGGGAAGAGUAACUCCGCCCACUCUGCAUGCUUUAAAAGGCAAGGGAAGAGUAACACUAGUGAAAAUGAACAAAAAGGGAUUCUGUUACUCAUCAAACUUCUCUUCGUCACACAAUGUUUUACCUGUCAAUGAAAAUGCAUUUAGGGCACUUGAUUCGUAGCCUGGUUCUGACCUGAAUUCUGUUCAUGAAGUGAUCGUGAAACUGGAAUAUUCUAGUUGAAUCAUAACAGGCUACUUGUUAUUGAGGAAGGUUGUGACAAUUGAAGCACAAAUCAUGAGGUACUCCCACUAUAUCACUGCCUGUGCUUAGUGCACACGGACAUGACCAGUUAUUGAAUUGUUUACACAAACCAUUGGUUAAAGAAGCCUAAAACCUGUUGCAAUUCCCUGUCUACCAUACAGACUGCUCCUUUACCAAUGACCAGAAUGGGGUCCUGUGACGACAUUUAAUGUUCAGCUUGUACUGUAUUUGCUCUUUAACUGUGGUGACAUCCCAAAUGGCACCCUAUUCCCUACAUAGUGCACUACUUUUGGCCAGAGCCUAUGAAGAAGUGCACUAUAUAGGGAAUAGGGCACCAUGUCUUGCUCCUGUGUACAUUAUGAACCAUUUCAAAGUAUUGCAUUUUAUUUUACACAGACAACUGUCACUACUUCAGUUCUCUCAAAUACUGUUAAUCAUUAAAACAAUACAUGUCUAUGGAUUAGCAGAAUG